AUGGGAGAAAGUGACAAUGAAGAUAAGAAGGCCAAUAAAAGUGGUAUAACUGAAUCAAAAAUUACAACAAAAAAGCAAGAAAAUGAUCACUCAGAUGUGGACGUUAGGAAUGGUACGUUAUAAAUUAAACAGACACAAGCGAAUUAUGCGAAGACAUCUAAAGAUGAUGUCAAUACUAAGGCCAACAAUGACUCCAAGGAGUCGGCUUCAGCAAAGCAGACUCUUAAUACCACCAAUCAUCCGAAUAUUGCAUCAUCAAAGGACACAUUAAAAAGCAAAGAACCUAUUCGUGUUGGUUUUUAUGACAUCGAAAGGACCAUUGGAAAGGGAAAUUUUGCUGUGGUGAAAUUGGCGAGACAUCGAAUUACCAAAAAUGAGGUUGCUAUAAAAAUCAUCGAUAAAUCUCAAUUGGAUACGACCAAUUUGCAAAAAGUUUAUCGUGAAGUGGAAAUUAUGAAGCGUCUUAACCAUCCCCAUAUUAUUAAGUUGUAUCAGGUGAUGGAAACAAAAAAUAUGAUUUAUAUUGUAUCAGAAUACGCAAGUCAAGGAGAAAUAUUUGAUUACAUUGCGAAAUAUGGUCGAAUGUCGGAAACUGCUGCACGUUUUAAAUUCUGGCAAAUAUUGUCAGCUGUGGAUUACUGCCACAAGAAAGGAAUUGUCCACAGAGAUCUUAAGGCUGAAAAUCUACUUUUGGACAAUAAUAUGAAUAUAAAAAUAGCUGAUUUUGGAUUUUCGAAUCAUUUUAAAGUAGGAGAACUACUUGCAACAUGGUGUGGCUCGCCUCCAUAUGCGGCACCCGAAGUUUUCGAAGGAAAACAAUACACUGGACCGGAAAUUGAUAUAUGGUCACUUGGUGUUGUACUUUAUGUUUUGGUUUGUGGAGCACUGCCAUUUGAUGGUUCAACAUUGCAGAGUCUUAGGGAUCGUGUACUCUCUGGACGUUUUCGUAUACCAUUCUUUAUGUCUUCAGAGUGCGAACAUUUAAUAAGGCGUAUGCUGGUGUUGGAACCAUCGAGACGUUAUACCAUCGAACAAAUUAAACGUCAUCGCUGGAUGUGUCCAGAAAUUUUAGAACUAUCGAACAUAGCAAAAUUCAAUGUAAAUAUGGAUGGUACAACUAACAUCGAACCCAACGAGGAUAUAAUGCGCAUUAUGUCUGAAUUCGCUGGCAUACCACCGGAAAAGACCAGAGCCAGUCUAAAGAAGAACAGUUACGAUCAUGUGUCUGCCAUUUAUUUACUGUUGCAAGAUCGAGUUUAUAAUAAGAAAAUGGCACAAGAAAAACACCAAAUGAGUGCAGGAAGUGUUGGUCUUAAUAAUACCACCAGUAGUAGCACUAUUGCAUCAUCGUCAUCGUCACUGCCAAAAUACGCUGGUGGAAAUAAACAGCACACCCUAUCAGCCUUAUCUACUCUAUCGACGUCCUCUGCAUCGGCUCAGUAUUCGUCCAAAAUAAUGUACAAACACAAUAGCAAGACAUCGGCAGCUGCAGCAGCAGAUCAGCAUCGGUUGAAAGCGAAUCAUGUAUUGCAUGAGGACCAGGUUAGCAAUAAUCUGCACCUGAUAAAAGAGCACUAUAGCCUUUUGUCGAAACUAAGUCGACAGACAUUGUUGAGUGAGCGUUCUUCUGCUCCGGGUUCAGGGACCGCCGAACAUUUAUUGCACUCGAAAAUAGUCGAUAAUCAUCUGAGAUAUCAUUCGGAGAAGAGCGGAGGUCGUACGUCUCGCCAGGACUUGGGCAAUAGCCAACGUCCAAUAGGUUGUUCAUCUUACAGUAUAGACAAUAAUAAACAUUCCAUUACGAAUCUGAACAGUCGCGACAUCGUUGCAUCGAAUCAGCGUCUAAAUGGUGGACCACCGGCGCGAGUUAUUGACGAACGUUCAAUGCGUGAACGUAUGUUCAGUGGGGCUGGUGGUAUUGCUCAUUUCAAUAUUGAAGAAAGUAUCCUAAAACAGAGCUCAGAAGACUGUAGGCUUUUACUGCAAAAAGCCACUGCCAUAUCAGAAUCCAAGAACAAUAAACACCAACAAAAACCAAAAACGACUGAGGAUAAACAAAUGUCCGAUACCAAACUCAACGAAUCCAAACCCCUAUCAAGCUCAACUAGUUUCGAUUCAUCCGCCGUUUUAGAUCAGAGUCUAAGUUUCCGCUACAAAAUGUCUGCCGAGGCCACUAAACUAUUCCAAACCCUACAGGAAAGCCCUCUGCCUGUAGAAGAAUCCGAUAGCAAGGAAAUUACUAAAACUAAAUCAAAUGUUACUCUCAACUCAAAUGGUGAUCAUAAGUCUCAUUUGUCCGAUAAAAAUCAACUGCAACAUAAUUCGGAAAAGUACGCAGGUACAAAUGGCAAUGAUAGAUCAACAAUGAAAAUUUCAUCGAAGAAAGUUUCCGCUCAAUGUAGCUCAAGUACAGACGAAGGUUGUGAAACUGAUAUGGGAGGGACAAGUGAUACCAAAGAUACUUCGCAAUCAUCAAUCGAUUUAAGAAAUCAACGAAUACAAUCAUAUGCCAGCAGUAGCUCUUCGAGUGGUGUGAUCGGCAGUUAUUCAAAAAGCCUAAGUCAAAAUCUUAGUAGAGGAUCCUCGAAGAGUAAUUGUUCAACAUUUGAGAGUAUUGAUUUUAAUUUGGUUACAAGCAUCGAUCUAGCUGGAAGUCUACCUUCCUGUGCUAGUAACUCAACUCUGGCUGCUUCGGUUUCCGCCGCUAGUGCUGGCGGAAGUGUCAAUUCAGAACAAUCAUCAGAACGUUCAUUUUAUAAUAGCAAUAAUUCAUGUGUCUAUAUGCCACCUGUAACAAGUACAUCAUCAAUGUUGUCCACUAAAUCGACUCCCUAUACAGACAAACGUUCACCGAUACACUUUAGGGAAGGACGUCGAGCGAGUGAUGGCUUAGUGGCACAAGGUAUUGUAAGUGCUGCGGGUCCUCUACAUAAUGGCACAGCGUAUGGUAGUUAUAGGUACGACACCCAUAAACGAAAUGGAUGGCUUGAACUACAACAGCUGCAGAGAGAAGCACACACCCUUAAAUCUAAGUACAGAUCAAAUCUGCCAUUAGAUGAAUUCAAUAAUUGUCAAUUUCAACAUAGUCAAUUCUAUACACUGUCAAACAGAAUACCUGUAGAAUUCCAUCAGCCAUAUUCGCCACAUGUAGUGCGUGCAAUGGAAAAUAUGGAGAAUUUUCCUGAUAAAAAUGGCACAAUUCAUCCGUCAUUGUAUCAUUAUUUGCGUUUGGAUGCAGCAAAUGCUGUAUAUGCAGGCAGUAUGCCAAGAGCCCACCACGAAGGUUUGCUCUACAGUCAAUUGAAUGCGGCAGCCAUGUUGCCCAUGCAAAAACCACCGCUGCAACAGCAAUUACUGCAGCACAGAUUGCUGCAACAGAAGCGACAGCUAUUUCAAAAACAAUACGCCUUGGAAGCGCAACUGUCACGGCCACAUCACAUUCUAAGGGAGCAUGGCUACAAAUUAAGUCCACAUCCACAUGUUUUGCCCAUUACGCCAACAUCCACGCCACCGCCUCAACCCAUGCCGCAUCCUGAUGAACUAAUGGAGUUGCACAUGCUCGAACGCAGUGGCAAACUCCAUCACAACUCGUUGGCACCAUUAACGCCCUACUCCAGCAACCACCACGCCGCCCUUAAUAAUCAUUACAUGAAAACCACAUAUAUUAAACAGCAAUCGGCCGAUGUGGCUGUCCUACCAAUGACCCGAAGCAGAAGUCCCAAUAUUAGUCGACAUGCUUCGGAAACGUGGAAUUCUUUAAGUGCAGCGACCAUUGUGCACAAGAAAAUGUCACCGGUCAAAAUGGAGAAUGGAACGAGUCGUGGAUCAGCGUCUACGCCCACAUCUGUGUUAGCACCACCACCACCACCACCGACAUCACAUGCAUACCAUCCAACAUCUUCAUCAACUUCAUCCUCAACUCCACCGCCGCCACAUCAUCCCUCAUCAUCAUCACUAACACUCUCAUCACCACCUGCCACACCAUUAUCAUCAUCAUCGUCACUGGCACUGGCACCACCAACUGCAUCUUCGCUGUCAUUGACAAAGCAAUCAUCUUCCAACUCAUCCUCGUCAUCGUCCUCAUCUUCAUCAUGCACAACAGCAACAAAUUUAUAUACACCGAAUUGGCAGACUGUCAUUAAACCGCUUAGCGAAAGUCCUAUUUUAGAAAUGGCCGAGCACAUGGAAUCUGUUUAAGAGCACAUACCGCAUCCUAUAUAUACUCUC